GCAAUAAUGACUUAAGUAAUGUAUGAAACGUAUGAAAUUUAUAUUCAAGAGGUCGUUGCAAAACUUCUUGUUGGCAAUGACUCUUUGUAAUGCUUCGUCUUGUGGGAGUUUUGAAACUGUCAACUCAUCCACAGAUGAUGGCGAGUCCCUCCCAUCUUUGGACGACCGUCAUAUUGCUGUCAUUGUCAUUCAGAGCGGCGUAAUGGCUGUCAUUAUGCUCUUAAGUGUUCUUGGCAACAGCUUGGUCCUGGCAGCGAUCUACCGGGACGGCCAACUCAAAAAUACCGCCUCAGUGUACGUCGCCAACUUGGCCAUCGCCGACUUCCUCAACGGAGCACUGGCCAUGCCCUUCAUCUUGACCUGCAGCACCGUCGGACGAUGGCCUUUUGGCGCAUUUAUCUGCUCCUUCGUCGGGGCGCUGACGACCCUCUUCUGCAGCGUCAGUGUUUUCACUCUGGGAACCAUAGCCAUAGAUCGCUACCUCGCCAUCCUGCAUCCUCUCCAGUACAACGCGGUGAUGACACGCAGUAAAAUCAUCUUCUCCAUUGCGUUGACGUGGCUGCACGCUGUUGUCCUGUCGGCCUUGCCCAUCAUGGGUUGGUCCACCUAUGCCUACAUUGACAUGGAGUACAUCUGCACGGCCGACUGGGGAGGCACUCUCUCCUAUACUCUGACGGUCUUCGCCAUCGACCUGGGUUUCCCCGUGACUACCAUGUUCUUCUGCUAUUAUCACGUUCUGAAGACAGCCCGCAAGCAUUCACGGCAAGUCGCUUCUUGUCAAGUUGGCCCUGCCGGCGUGAACGGCUGUCCGCGUGAGAGGUGCUUCUGCCAGUCCUGGAGACGGCUCAAGUCCGAAAUGAAAGCAGCCAUCACGCUCCUGGCCGUCAUAGGUACGUUCUUGUUCUGUUGGCUGCCGCACGUCGUGACGAUGGUUUGUCUCAGUAGACCGCACAACUGUCACUUUCCCGACGCGGUGUUUGCGAUCACCACUUGGUUGGCCAUGGCCAACUCGGCUUGUAACCCGCUGAUUUACGGCAUACUAAACAGACAAUUCAGGCAGGCUUUUCGAGACAUUCUCUGUGUUUGGAAAGCAAGAAGACUGUUCUCACGCUGAAAGCCUCUCCAAAAGUGAUGCC